AUGUCUCUCCUUUUAGCUCCGUAUACCAAUGCCAUGCGGCUUGGCCAAGGGUUCAAUUCAUAUACCCAGCAAAUAUGCGUCGACGAUGCUGUGAUCGUGGACCCGAACAGGGCAGAGAAUAUCCUCACCAACGAUGGCACGACAAUGCGAAUCGUCGCCGAGACUUCCGGAAAGCCCAGUGCUUGGAACAGACUUAAGGAAGUUGUAGAUCCAGGUCCGACCAAAUCGACGGACUCGCUGGAGCCUAGUCCCGAUUCCACCCCAGCAGGCUUGAUUGAGGGAGUAGCAAAGCCCGAUGAUGUUUCAGCUGGACACAGUGAUACAGUAGCCGCCACAGAUCCUGAUGUCAAUGCCAGCCCAGACGCGGAUGCUCAUGGUGAUGCUCACGUCCAAAGUGAUACGACUGCUACGGCCCAUGAGGAUACCGCCGCAGACCAUGAUACCGAUGCUAAUGCCGAUGCUGCUGCAGCCGCGAAUGCUGACGACAAAAAUGGAGCUGAGGCAGCCACAGACGAGACCGCUCAUACAGCCGGCGCUAGCGACUCCAGCGACGUUGGGUCCGUCGUCAAGGUCAGCGAAGAAGAUACUCAUCCGGACCCUGCUCCGGAAACACCAGAGGCAGAUACAAGCCACACUGCUCCGAAGUCAGCGACGAGCGAACUUGUUGCGAAGUAUGAGACCCGCGCAGCUAAGACUUCGGCCACGACUACAUCUCCCAACAGCAAAACAGCUGGAACCAAACCUCGAUCUUCCUCUGUCGGUCACAAACAAAGCACUUCAAAAACAAGCGUAGAACCGAAGAAGGGAUCUGCUAAAUUCCAGGUCAAAGAAAUCCCAACGAGGGAGCGCAAAGAUGCAGCUCCUCCCACGCCCAAGCCUGCUCCAAAGAAACCACUUACAGAACUCGAGAUCGAGCAAGCUCGCCUUGAAAAACAGGAGCAGCUUGAGAUGAUGAGAGAAGAAAAGGCACGCAUGAAAGAGCAGCGUGAUUAUCAAAAGCAGCUUGAGCUUGAGGCUCGUCAAGACGAACGGCAACGUCAACAAGAUGAACGUGCAGAACAGGCACAGAUUCGCGCGGAAAAGAGGAAGUAUGACCAAGCUCGUCGAGAGGCAGCUCAGAAGGCCAUGUCCGAAGCUAUCGCGGCCAAGAAAGAUGCCUUGACGCUUGAAGAUCUCAAUAAGAUCAAAGCCCAGAACCAGUUUGCAGAUCGUUUCGACGGCAUCUUCAAUAGCGACAGAGCCUACCCAUUUGACCCUACUGCGCCAAGGGGUCCGAGCCAAACAGUCACCUACUCAAGUAGGUUCAUUGACAAACUGAGCGACGUGACUGAUGACAUGUGCAUCUCUGGGGCUUUGUCUGUCAAGAUGGCCAAGAUUGGAGGGUCUGGACGAGGCUCAUUCGUCGACUCGGACAAGUUCAAGCAAAGCGACCUGAACUUUUAUAUUUCCGUCAAGGUUAUCAACCAAACCAUCAACUUCAAAGACGCCCUGGUCUACAAUUCUAUGCGCUCUUGUGAGCCCGGUUCAGAUGAGUGGAAAAAGGUUUACGGCGACAGUUUCAUCUCCGGCUUCGUCGAGGGCGGCGAGUUCAAUGCCCUCGUUAGCAUGAAAGUUCACAACAAAGCCAAGCUACUGGACAUCAAGGCCGAAGCAAAGGUGGCACUCACGACUGGUCCUGUGGAUAUCACCGCAGAAGCCAACGUCGGCAUCGCGAGGACCAACCUGGAGAUGAACACUGAAACCACCAUCCAAGUGAGUUGGUGUGGCGGUGGGCAUAUCAAACACAUGGAGCAACCGUGGAAUAUCCAAAGUAUCAUGGAGGCUGCUGCACGCUUCCCGAGUCUCGUCGCCAACUGCCCGCAACGGACACACGCCAUACUGACCAAGUAUGAGAGCUUGAGAAGCUUUGUUUCACUUCGACCGGCAGCAUACUCGCCUAUCCAGUAUGAGAAUGCACAGAUCUACACGAAUGUGCUCAUGGAUGCAUUCAUGUCCUACAAGUCAUUGUACAAGAAACUUGGCGACCAGGCCACCGGUUUUCAAAACAAGACAUUGGAGUUCGAACCUUGGCCAAGUAGCGACGGCACAGACGGCAGUCGUCCAGCGAGCAGCUCGACUCCUGCCAGCUCCACGGCCCACACAGCAAUCGGGCAAGCGAUCGCAUCCGGUGAUGCACGAGCUUUGGCCGCUGCCAAGAGCUAUGCAGCUGCUCUCGCUGCCGCAGUGGACACCACUCCGUUCCAGGCGUCUCUGCAAGGUCUCAGUGAUGCUCGCAAGUUCAUCCGCCGCCAGAUGGUAUACAUUGUCAACGAGAUUGACCUAAUCGAGAAAGACCCCAAAGUCGCCACAGACGAAGAGCAUGAAGAACCGUUCCAAUCCCCCACGCUCUUCGAGACCCGACUGCCCAACAUGAAAAUUCCAGAUAGGUUGAAGCCCAAAUCGGACCCGCUUACUGGCAAGAGAAUCAUGGCCAAAACACAAACCGAGCAAGAACUACUCGACGAACAAAAGGAGCAGGACCAGCUGCAGAAUGAAUCCCCGGCGUUAUACCAGAUGGAUCAAGACCUGUAUCCUGAUGAGACAGCUUCACUGGACGACGUUCGCAAGAAGGUCCCCAAGAUUGGCAAGCACCUGCAAGUAUCGACAGCUGCGCCCAAGACGGACAAGGGCGCUUUGUUCAAUAACCUGGAUUUCCUCCUCCCUGAAUGGCAAGUCGAAUCCAUUUCCAUCGGCAUCACGAAACGUGGCUGUGUUGGCGCCGUCGAAGUCGUCUACGAGAAUGGCCUCAUCCUCCGGAAAGGACUGGCAGCGGAGAAUCUCGUCCGGAAGACUCUCGGCAACUUUCAAGCGGGCGAACGUAUCUUUGCUGUGGCCAUUGAACAUGGUGUGGCGACGGGAACUCAAGAUCCCAGAGUUCUCUCCGUGUGCAUGUACACCAACCGCGGCCGUCGGCUCCUCGGCCAAGCCGUGAAAAACGACAUCAUGCCUGGAGGCAAAGUUUCCAAGGAUAGCGUCGUAUACGAAAACAUCCACACGGUCUACCUUGACAAUGCUUUCAGUACAGGCACGCUCAAGGGCUUUUUCGGUAGGCUCGAUACGAACGAAACAAAUGGCGGUAUCCUACGACUAGGUCUCAUCUGGGGAGACUCUACCUCCACAAAACUAUCCAAUACCGUGGCCGAGCCCGCUCCGGUGUACGACACCGACACGAACACCAACAAUGCCACGAUCAACGCUUUCCGCGAGGAGCGGGACCAGGCCAGGCGAGAAACCGAACAGGCCAAAGCGCAAGCCAAGACGGAGAUCGAAAAGGCCAAGCAAGACGUGGACUCGCGGAUCAAUCAAGCCACCGAAAAGGCCAAACAGAUCAAGUUCGCCAACGGAGUGUCUACGGGCAGACAGUCGGUCUCGUUCAAGGGGGAUACCUUCAAGGUCAGCCCGAACGACAAGCCCUUCUUGGUGUUCGAGAAUGGCAACCAGUUCUGCUACCAGCGCGACGGCAACCUCGUGGUAUACGACGCCAACCAAAGAGUCCAGUGGGCGUUCGGUAAGUACGGCGAGGGUGCAGGCGAUCUGAUCUUCCAUGGAGGCAACGACGGGAACCUGGUGGCGUGGAAGAAUGGCGGCGCCACGUGGGCGACGGAAACCAAGAACGCCAGGAACGGGACACUGGUGCUGUCCAGUGAGAGGCCGUUCUUGGAAAUUUUCACAGAGGAUGGGCGGAGGCAGUGCCAUUAUCCUUCAUGA